GGCUCCCGCUUGCUCCUCCUGCCAGCCCGCGUCCCGUAAAGUGGGGGGAGAGAGCCGACCCUGCUCCGAGGGGCUUCUCUCGCCGCGCACACCCCGGCGCCCUACCUGGAGCUCGCUCGGGUGGAAAGAAGAGAACAAACAGGAGAGAAAGCGAGGGCUCUUGCACUUUGCAGAGCCGGCCAAGCAGUGGGGAGCGGGCUGGGGGCCCCCUUGCGCCCCAUCCUUGGACUUUCAGUGGAUCUGAGACGAGAGGGGAAGUUUGGGGCGUUCAUGUUAAUCUUUUUUUUAGUGUGCGCAUUUUUUUAAAACAACAUCUUUUGGAGAAGGCUUUCUUGAAGCGCCCUCCUUUCCCCUCUCUCUCCCUCAUUGGGUCUUUCUCCCCCCCCUUCUGUCGCUCUCCUCCCUUCUGAUUUCCUGCCAGAGCAAGAGAGAGUUGCGUUUCUCCUCCUUCUUGGGCUAUAAACUUUUGACGCCAGACCUGCGCCGCGCCUGCCCGACGGAAUCUUGAAGUAGCAUCUGGGAAAGAAAGCCGGGAUUAGCAGAAAAGCCGUGACCUCCCUCCCCGCCACUCAUUUCUCUGCGCUCAGCACCGUGCCAGCCUCCUCCUCCUCCUCUGCUCCCCUCAACCUCCUGCGCUUGUCAUCCCAAGAAAUCCUGGGGACCACUUCUGGAUGCUCUUCAGCAGCCUCGGAUUUCCAGCUCUGGCUUGCCUCUGGGGACUUUGCUAAUCCGUCCGUCCGCCCGUGGCCCCCUUUCUCUCUCUCUUCCCCCGCCGCCCCAAACAGCCUCCUCUGCCCAUCUCCUCCCAUCACCACACUACCACCACCGUUGCCUAUUCUUUUUGCCUUGUGGAAAGCCCAGGAUGGGGGUCGGUGGGUGCUUAGUCCUGCCCUGGCGCUGCCUCGUCGUCCUGUGUCUCAGGCUUCUCUUCCUUGUGCCCGCAGGAGUGCCAGUGCGCAGCGGAGAUGCCACCUUCCCCAAGGCGAUGGACAACGUGACCGUCAAGCAAGGGGAAAGCGCCACCCUCAGGUGUACUGUGGAUGACAGGGUGACACGGGUAGCUUGGCUGAACCGUAGCACUAUUCUUUAUGCUGGAAAUGAUAAGUGGUCAAUAGAUGACCGAGUGGUUAUCCUCACGAACACCAAAACCCAGUACAGCAUCAAGAUCCAUAACGUGGACAUAUAUGACGAAGGCCCUUAUACCUGCUCCGUACAAACAGACAAUCAUCCAAAGACAUCGCGGGUCCAUCUUAUUGUGCAAGUUCCUCCCCAGAUUAUAAACAUCACAUCGGACAUCACUGUCAACGAAGGCAGCAGCAUCACCCUUUUGUGCUUGGCCUUUGGGAGACCAGAACCGACAGUGACUUGGAAGCAUCUCUCUGGCGGCAAAGGCCAGGGAUUUAUGAGUGAUGAUGAGUACUUAGAGAUCACAGGGAUCACCAGGGACCAAUCCGGGGAAUAUGAAUGCACUGCUGUUAAUGACGUCGCAGCACCUGAUAUCCGGAGAGUGAAAGUCACAGUCAACUAUCCUCCAUCCAUCUCCAAUGCCAAGAACACGGGUGUCUCAGUCGGCCAGAAGGGGACUCUACGCUGUGAAGCCUCAGCUGUCCCUGUAGCAGAAUUUCAGUGGUUUAAAGAAGAAACCAGAUUAGCCAAUGGGCUGGAUGGAGUGAGAAUUGAGAACAAAGGUCGGAUGUCCACACUAACCUUCUUCAAUGUCUCAGAGAAAGAUUAUGGCAACUACACCUGUGUGGCCAUCAACAAGCUGGGGAACACCAAUGCCAGUAUAAUCCUGUAUGGUCCAGGAGCAGUCCAUGAUGGCAACAAUGCGGCUUCCAGAGCGAUGGUUUGCCUCUGGCUAUCAAGCGCCCUCUUUGCUCAUUUCCUUCUCAAGUUUUGAUAAGAAAAGUGAGGGUCCUUGCAGAUGACGCCUGGCUUCUCCCACACCACAGACUUUUAACCAUCCACACUGCUGGGGAGGUGGGAGGGGGUGAAAACAACAGCAACCGUCAACAGCUUGAAUAUACUGCCAGGAGGGCGAGGGGAGGGGGAGGGCAACUGGGUUCCCAAGUCAACCACCCAUUGAGGAUUGGUCAAGCGUGGGCAUUUCCCGAAGCAGAAUUAGUCUUCAUUUCCUUCCCUAGCCCCACCCACCCACCCCUCCUUUAUACCCUAUUUAUAAAAGGUCAGCCUCUCAUUCUACCGUCAAGCAUUUCUCAGUGGAGCCCACUCAAAAUUGCCCCAGGAGAAUGUCGCCUCUUGGUCCCGAGAGACAAUGCACAACAGAAAGUCUGGAAAAGCAAGUCAAAAAGUGUCCUAUUAUCUCUGUGUCUCUUGAGCAAAAGGAUUGUUCUUUCUACCUGUAACACUGUACAUACCUGUUCUUGUUUCUAAGUGUCCGAUUACACGCUGGUUUCACCUCG